CCAAACUCCUUCUCACAGCGACGACCUCACCUCUCCAACCGCGCUGAUCUAUCUGCUCCUAGUAGGCGCCUGUUCGAUGGGUCUCAUAUUACAAUACCUCUAGCGACUCUGGGCAUCCGUGCAAGGCCUCGCGUCGAAUUCGGCCCUGCUCGUUGUCGUUUUCCUCCGCGUCCCCACAUGUCUCGUCCCCCGGUUAUAUCAUCCACGAUCGAUUUUCGGAGCACGGCUUCCGUCUAUUACCUUCGGGUUCACGCUUCGGCAAGUCGCAUUUAGGAACGGUUGACCGGGACAGCAUUCCGGGAUUGCCUCCGACAAUGACGACGGCGAUCUCCAAGACCACGUCCCAUCCCCCUAAGAUGAAGCGACCGCCCCCGCAGUUCGUCCAGCCUGGGGCCAACGGUAUCAGGUCGCAGCCAUCAUCAUCAUCUCCUCCUACAACGUCAAAGCGCCUUCCCGGGGCCGGGCAACCUGCGGCCGCAGCUUCUACAAGCCACCCUGCUGUGAAUGGCGUCAAUGGCAUUGGCAAUUCGAGUAACACGCCGUUCAAGGGUUCUCUGGGCAGGCCCAAGAAAGAGGCGCAAAGGCCAGGCGACCAAGGUAUCAAGGCACAGAGGCCGACAUCGAAGCCGUCAUCUUCAGAUCAGGAUCGCCGGGCCGGAAAAGCAUUUCCUCAGCCUUAUGUCAAAUCAACGCCAUAUAUCCUGAAGAAAUAUGCAAAAGCCCCUCCGUCAUUAACCAUCCAUCUCCACCCUACGCAUUUCCGCUUUGAUCAACAAGAUGGCAGUUUCUCGUACAACUCUGAGAUGAAGGUUAUCAUUCAACAUAUCCGCAUGGGCACCGUUCCGCAUGAUAUAUUGGAGAACUUGUUGCUCAGCGGAGUUCGCUUCUACGAAGGUUGUCUUAUAGUACGUGUCAUCGAUCAUAAAUCAGUAUCAGCACAGACUAGGAAAUCUACUGCGCCCUCUUCCAGCGACAAUAAUACACCAUUCUCAAUUCACAACUACAAUGAGCACAUUACGCCGUCACCUUACGUACCAUAUCCGAAGCAAAACCAGCUAGCGUCGGAGAAAGCGACUAGCAAGACAACAACAUCAGACCAGUCCGAUACAAAAGAUGGCGAUGAACAGUCUCAGGGUAAUUCCGAAGACACCAGAUCAACCUCGCUGCAGAAACAAGCUGCCCCGAAACCACGAAUAUUUACAACUGUUCUCCAUCCCACUCCUCGCUCAUUACAAGCAGAGUUAACCAUUCUUGCCACCACACCUGAUCCAAGAGCUGCAAAGCAGGCAGUGUCAGGCAUGUCCCGACCUCAACUAACGUCAUCAUCGACAACUCCGCCGUCCCCUGGUGCAUCGGCGAAUCCAGAGCGGGGCCAUGUCGCAAAACGACAGAAAAUGCUCGUCGAACCGCAGGAACUUUUAGAGUGCGAGUCCAAACUGACCAGAGCUCUCGCACCGCCCUUGUUCUUGGACCCGGUCUCCACCCUGGAGGGUGCGCACGAUUUGCUGAAAUACUUGGAAAGCCCGUUGCACCGUGAUGCUCCACCAUCGCCCAAGAGGAGGAAGCGCACAAUCGCAGAGCUUGCAGCCGACGAAGCCUUGGCGGCGGAAGAAGAGCGAUUUAUGCUCAUCAUGGACGAGCGGCUGGAGCCCACUACGUCGGGGGCUGCUGGAGGGCCCAAGUCGGCUACCGUGGAUGACACUGGAGGCGCCGUACCUUUCGAACCCCGGUUUUCACGAUUCAAGACCCUUGAAAACAUUCGUAUGCAACAUGAGGAGAAGGCAAAACGUGAGCAUGAUAUCAAGAUGAAGCAGGAACAUAUCAAGAGACAACAACAGGAGCAGGAGAGGGAGCGGCGCCGGGUAACAGAACAGCGCCAGGCGGAAGAGCAAGUCAAGGAAGAGAAUCGAAGGCAACAACUCGCAGCUCAGCAAGCGCAGGCACAGCUUGCAGCGCAGCAGCAGCAGCAGCAAAACCGGCAUGUUAUGGCGGCACAGCCCAACGGCGUCAGCCAAGCACCGCAACAGUCCUCGCCCGUGGUUCGCCAGCAAACACCUCUCAAUACCUCAUCUCCGCUAGUUAGCAGCGCAAUGGCUGCCCAAGCUAGUGUGCCAAUGGCCAUGACUUCUUCUAUGCAGGGCGCUGGUAGCCCACCAAGGCCUCCUUCUGCUUUGCAGCAUGCUCAUCCGAACAUGAUGAGCCAUCCGAUGGUACCGUCUAGGAGCCAGCAAGGGCAGAGUAGGCACGGAACUCCACAGAUGACACAGGGUACGCCGGCAAUGUCUCAAGCAACCCCUGUAAUGCGCAAUGCCACUCCCACUCAACGUAUAACGCAUGCCAGCCCUCCGCGCUCGUCAAUCGCUCCAACGCCUGUGAUGAACCAGGCAAUGAUGGCAACGCCGCAAAUGGGUGCUGGUAUUAGUCUUACUCCACAGCAGCAGCAGCAAUUCCUGUCACAGAGACAGCAAUUGCUCGCGCAGCAAGGGCAUCUGAACCACAGUCAGCUCACUCCGCAGCAGUUUGCUCAACUGCAAGCAAAUAUGCACGCGCAGCAGAAUAUUCAGAACCAUCAGCAACAAUUAAUGCAGCAGCAGCAACAGCAACAACCGCAGCCCCAAAAUCCUCAAGCCCAGCAGCAGAAAUUCCCAAACCCCCAAGCGUACCAAGCUCAAUUGAUGCGCGCGCAACUCGCACAGAUGCAGAUGGCCCAGCACCAACAACGGCAGCAGCAACCGCAAAAUCAGCAACAGCCCAUGCCUCAACAGGGACAGAUGCUUCAAAACAGCCCCCAGAUGAACGCUCAACAACAGCAGCAACAACAGAUUCUGAUGGCAGCAGCUCAAGCAAAUGGCGGCCAAAUACCGCACAACAUGCAGAACAUGCAGAAUAUGCAGAAUAUGCAGAACAUGCAGCCAAGAGUGAACGCAACGCAGCGGUACACCCAGCUCUAUCAGCAGCGAUUGUUACGUUUGAGACAGGAUAUGGCUACUCGUCUGAUGCCCCAAUAUGGACCACCUACGCAAUAUCCUCCUCAGGUUGCGCAAGAAUACAGCGUUGGGCUCGAACAAGCUGCCAAGGGCUAUGUGCAAGAUAUCAUGCGGCGGGACCGUGCUGAAAUGGCUGCUGUUCAGCAGCGACAAGCCCAAGCCGCUGCUCAUGCUCAGGCAGUACACCAACAGCAGCACAACAUGAUGCAGAAUGGAAUGGGCAAGUAGAUUUGCAUAUUGACGUUGACGACUAAUGGACUGGAGGCAUCGGAGAUUUCUUACAUUUCGUGCUCAACUUUUCACCACCACCACCACCACCACCA